AUUGUUUUGUUUUUCUUCUCAGAAUGCUUCUCAGUAGCUGCCGUCCUCGUUUCGGCUUCUUUGCUGCUGCACACGCGCUCGGCUCUGUCGCCGCACGGCCCGCCUUCUCCAUCCCCACGCUGACCCUUGCACGAUCGCUCGCGUCGUCGUCGAGCACAGCCAGCCCCACUGAUGAUGCAGCCAAGAUCCCUCCUACCACCACUACUACUACUACUACUACUACUACUACUACUACUACUACUGCUGCUGCUGAGCCAGCGACUGCGACUGCGGCUGCGACUGCGGCUGCAACCCCGAAGCCGCCCAUGAUGCCCUUCAACGAGUACUGCAAGGCCAAGACAGUCCACAAUAUGGCGAGCAACAUCGCGGGCGUCCCUGUCGCGAUCGGAAGCAUCCUGCUCAACUCGUGGGUCUUUGUCAUGGUAUUCCCGGAAGUGUACGACGGCUCAGUCCCGCAGGACCAGCUUCCUCAGUUCUUUGGCCUUGAUUUGAUGGUGAUUGCGGGCAUGACGGGCAUGGCAUCGGCUGUUCUCGGCUUUGCAGGCGGCAAGUGGUUGUACUCGCAAGCGUAUGCGCUGCUCGCGCCAGCCCGCGCUCGCCAGAUGGAUGCGCGUCACGCCGACUUUGUCGAUCGCAUCACAACGCGCCGCCAUGCAACGACCUCCAUGUCGGAUGAUUACUAUGGCGACAAAAUCAAGUCGCUGUCGGAUUAUCGCAAGUGGCUCCGCGUGCAGCACAAGCGUGGCAAGGAGCCCGCCAACGAUGCCUUGCGAGAUCCCUUUGCAGAUUUUGGCAAAAAGAAGCAAUAAAAGUACCCUCGCGUCUCC